ACUUGAAACAUGCAGCUCAGCACAGCACGCUGCGUGACUGCAGAGGGCGCUGUGGAGCGAGCACGCACAGUGCACACGCCAUGCAGGUGAAGGGGUGAAAGUAGGCCUCCUGUGGAUAUAUUUGGAAGGAUGAUUUGUGAUAAAGCACUGAAGCAGGACAACAAUGUUCCUGAAUCCUGGCUGAAGGAAGAACUCCAAACAGUGGACUCUGAAUCUUUGGACCGGUGCAUCCAGUCGGCUCUGGCGGCCCUCUACCCACCCUUCCAAGCCACAUCCCCAACUGUCCUCUGUCAGGUCCUCAGCGUUGUGGAGCGCUGUUACCGAGGAGACGGCCUCCGCUACCUCCUCCACUUCCUGCUGCCGGCAAAGCAGUUCUUACAAAACCUCCAGCAGGAUGCCUGUCUGCAGUACUGUGGUUUCCUGUUUCGUCAUGAAGGCUGGCCUUUGUGCAUCCACGAGAAGGUAGUCGUUCAGCUCAGUCAUCUGGACCCACGCCUCCUCCGUCCAGGAGACUUCUACCUGCUGGUUUCUCCUUCUGCAGCCCCACCCCCUCCUCGAGCACACAGGGCCUCCUGGAGGGGCGACAUCCCGUUAAAACCGCGCCUGCUCCUGUGCAGCAAGUCGGCCGGCAGCCAUCAUGUGGAGCAGCAGGAGGUGUUUGGCGUAGCGCUGCAGUCUCUCUUUAGCAUGGCCUGGUUAGACUCCGUCAACAGGGAGAGGGAGCAGCGCGGAGCAUCCAGGUUGGAGCGCUGCCUCCUCUCCGCCCACGGAGACGUCUUUAGGGUCCCGUGGGAGGAUCUGGUCUACCCACAGUUCAUCAGUCGGCCCUGUGCUGCUCCGAAGGAGGACCAGGACUCCUCCAUUAAGGGCAAAGAUGUGGCAAUCAAGACAUCAUCUGACAACAACAGAGAAGCAACCUCCUCAAGUGAUGUGAAGCACCUCCCAUCUUCGCCUAAAACCGACCAAUCACCAGCAAAUAGCGGGGGCGAGGACUCGGAGGGGGAGUACGUGGAGCUGACGGAGCUCCCGCUUCCUCGCUUCUCCCCACAGAAAGGCUCUUUAACCCAGUCCAUCAGCCUGCAGCACCGAGCCAGGACAAGUACACAUACCACCACACACACAAUGUCUGCUGCUACCGCACACACUCCUCAAACCACCAACAUACACUCUGCUGCUUCCACACUCACUGCUCACGCACACAGCAACUUCCCGCAGCCCUGUGAGGAUGCAACCUGCAGGCUCAUGGAAGAGAGCAUCCACCAGGACCACCGUGAAGCUGUGGUCCCGACCCCCUUCUCCUCCUCUGCCCCUCCUGAAGUCACAGGAACAUCCAUCUGUGAAUCGGAAGAAACAAAAGGCCUCUGCAGUGAGCUGCGUCCUGCCCAGUCAGAGGUUGCUCUGGCUGCUGGUUCGACUCCGACAGAACAACCAGCAGCUGUUCCNAGGGUAGUCCAGCCUGUCACCCAGUCCUCCCAGUCCAGACUGUACAGUAUGCUGCUGAGGUCUGGAGCUGUUUGUCUGCCUGGAACCAGAGACAAAGGUGGGCGAGCGCUGCUUACCGUCUCCACCACGAGCCCCGUGUGGUCCCACCUGGACUGUGACAGCACUGAGCUGCCCCGCCUCCUCCUUUACUACACCUCCACCCUCAGGAAGGAGGUGCUAGCGUCGGGGCUGACGGUGUUGGUGGAUGCCCGUGGAGCUGCUCCCUCUCCCGCCCUGUACUCCGCCCUCAGGUCGCUGCAGGAGGACACACCAGGCUCCAUCCACGGUGUUUUGAUCCUUGCUAACAAGGACUCAUCUCUGCGUGUGGACAAACCUGCAGCUACACAGGUGGAGGUGCUGAGCUCUCCGAAGUCUGUCCAGAAACACGUGGAGCUCCGACAGCUUCCCGUGGAGUUUGGAGGAUCCUUCAGCUUCAGUCAGAGCAGCUGGGUCAGCUUCAGAUUGAGACUGGAGCAGCUGAGCCGUCAGUGUGAGGACGUCAUCAGCCUGCUGCAGAAGAGCAUCAACGCGCUGCAAUCCACACCUUUACCAAACACUGCUGAGGAUGCCGAGCUGCUGCUGUCCCGCUACAGGGCAGUGAUGUGCAGCAUCCUCGCAGACAGCCGAUUGGUGCAGCUCCAGCAGGAGGGCGGCGCCUCGCUGGCGUGGCUGCGCAGGGAGGAGAGCAGCGUCGGCGUGGCGGCGGACCAGCGGGCGGCGGUGGAGUCGGUGUCGGCUCUGUACGAGCAGGUGGACGAGCUGCUCCACCGCCUGGUGAUGCUGUCCAACUCCAAAACGCAGGAGCUGAACUUCAUCGCAGACUUCAGGAACCUGGAGCAAGGUUUCAGCAAGGUGAAGACGUGGCUACAGGAGGUUGGUGAAGUUCGUCUGAAGAGUCUGGAAGAGCCGGCAGACUCUCUGGUGCUUCUGAAUGAAAAACAGCAGGACUACAAGGACUUCUGCACAACGGCAUACGACCAGUGUAAACGAGGGAAGGAGCUGCUGUCUCGGCUGGAGCGCCGGGACGACGUGCCGUCCGCUGACCUCCACAUUUACGAGGACAAAGUUCACUCCUUCUGGGCUCAGCUGCAGGAUUUCACUCAGCGGGUCAGCAGUACCGGGCAGAACAUCGAGCGGGCCGUCCGGCUCUACGGCUUCUUAGAUCAGGCUUAUGGCUGGGCGCUGCAGGGUAUGCGUCACCUAGCUGGGAUCAGUAUGGAGGACUGCACACUGCCAGACAAAUGCCAAGCUGUGAUUGGCUGCCUGGAGGACUACCAGCGUCUGCACCCACCAAUCCCAGACGCCUGUUUUCAGGAAAUGAAGGUGGCUGCGGGUGAACUGCGGGGCGAGCGAGGCCUUCGUCAGUGGAGCUUCGCCUGGUCCAAGUGUCAAGAGACCAAGAAGAUGUUUGACAGGAAGAUGGAGGCAGCGCUCAAGACGCGUGACUCCGCCCACAGGCGCCGCUCUGACUCUGCCACCAGCAGGAGCUCCAUCUCCUCCAGGAAGUCUCUGUCAGGACUCUGGGGGGGCCGUGACACCUCCUCAUCCUCCUCCCGCCUGCCAGAGGAGAAAACAAAGGCCUCCUCACCCCCUUGUGAUGCCUCCUCGGUUCUUUCCAUUACCUCCACCCCUGCUGCCUCCCCUCCCACCCCGCAGCACACGCCGCUCCUCCGGCGACUUUUUCGCAGCUCCUCCUCAGACGAGUCCUCAGACCGCGUGGAUAUCACUUCCAGCAGUCCCAGACUCCACCGCCUGGAUUCUUCUCCCUGCUUCACUCCAUCAUCGUCUUCCUUCUCCAUCUCCUCUUCCUCCUCUUCCUUCUCCUGCAGACGACAGCAGCUCAGGAAGACUCAGAGUUUCGACUGCCCCGCCACUCCGGAGACGUCGCGCUACAGCCCGUCUGCUCGCGCCCUCAGCGAGCCAGCGCGCAGAGGAAACACGGGUGUGUUCAUUCGUGGUCUGGAGGUCAGCAGCACUGAGGCAGCAGACCGCACGCUCUGCCCCAGGACGCCUUCUCACAGCUGGGCAGGACAGGGGCCACAUAGCCCCGGGACACCCAGCACACCCACGGGAGAACCCCGACCCAGGGGCAGCAAGCUGCGUCACGUUGUGGAGGAGAUGGUGAACACGGAGCGCGAGUAUGUCCGCUCACUGCGUUACAUCAUACAUCACUACUUCCCCGAGAUGGACCGAGCAGACCUCCCGCAGGAUCUCAGGGGGAAACGCACCGUCGUCUUCGGCAACCUGGAGAAACUCCUCGACUUCCACAGCCAGUUUUUCCUGAAGGAGCUGGAGGCCUGCUCGAAGCAUCCACUCAGAGUGCCGCACUGCUUCCUCAGACACCAGGAGCAGUUCGGUCUGUACGCUCUUUACAGCAAGAACAAACCCAAGUCUGACGCUCUUCUGGCGAAUCACGGACACUCCUUCUUCAGAAGGAAGCAGCUGGAGCUGGGCGAUAAGAUGGACCUGUCCUCCUACCUGCUGAAGCCCGUUCAGAGGAUGAGCAAAUACGCGCUGCUCCUCACCGACCUCAUGAAGGAGGUGGGCGUGGCACAAGAGGCGGAGCUUACUGCACUGCAGUCUGCCACCAAUAUGGUCAAGUUCCAGCUUCGCCAUGGAAACGACCUGUUGGCCAUGGACGCCAUUCGAGACUGUGACGAGCUCGUCCUCUUCAGUAAACCUAAGAAGAUGGAGGGAGGGCUGGACGUCUUCAUCUACAAACACUCCUUCAAGACGGCGGACGUUGGUCUGACAGAGUCGACGGGGGACAGCGGGCUGAGGUUUGAGAUCUGGUUCAGGAGGAGGACAUCCAAGAAUCAGACCUUCAUCCUUCAGGCGACAACGACGGACGCAAAACACGCCUGGACAAACGACAUCGCCCGAAUCCUGUGGACCCAGGCCACGAGGAACAAAGAGAUGCGUUUGAAGGAGAUGGUGUCGAUGGGCGUGGGCAACAAACCGUUCCUGGACAUCCAGCCGAGCGACGCGGCCAUCAGCGACCGAGCCGUUCACUACAUGAUGAAGAGCAGAGGUGCCAGAACGCGGGCGUCCAUCGCCGUCUCCGUCUUCGACCAUUCGAAUCCUUUUAAAAGGGGAACGGUGACCUCUGACCCUGCAGCAUUAGGCCCGUCUUCAUCCAGCCUGCUGGGACCGCUCAAUCUGCACAUGUACAGUCAGGGCAUCCCCCCUCCUCCCACCGCUCAGAGCUCCUUCAGCGCUUCGUGCAUCGAGGAAGACGAGCAGGAGCACGAGACCAGCAGCCAGCCCUCCAUGACCACUGAGAGUUCAGGUUCGUCGUCUCGCUGCCUCUCCGGCUCUACUGGCUCCGACAGCGGCUGCGUGUCCUCCCACCUCCAGGAAGCGCUGCCCGAGGAGCCCUCGCCCUCUUCCCCCAGCAAACAGCACCUCAACAGCCCGUACAUUUCAGCUAAAGCAGCUGCAGUCAUCAGCCCGGCAACCAUCGUGUGAUCAGCUCGCCUGAAUGACGUUCCUGUAAGUCUGCAGGUCCUCACAGAGGGAUGUGUUUGGGGGGAAAACUGGAAAUGGGCAAACCCUGACGGCGUUUUGGGUUAUUGCAGAAAAUAAGCGGGAAAGCAAAGUAUGAGAAUAAAAAUCAAAAAGGGAAACAACCUGAGCAAACUGUUAAUGAUAACUUUAACCGUGCGAGUCUUUCUAAAGACAGGCAGACGUAAAGGCUGACACAUGAAGCAAAAGCUAUAACAAUGAGUUCGCAACAGAUCAGAGACUCAGUGAGCUCAGGAUGGUCGCCUUUAAGUAAUCUGCAUUAAUCUGUAAGCCCCGCCCCAAGAAAACACUGAUCACCAGGUAAAAAUAUAAACGAGUACAACACGAUUUCAGCGGCUGCUGGAGGUCACCGACUGGUCUGUUUGGUCUGAUGACCCCCCAGUCUCAUGUCUCCGAGGUGAUGCGCGAGACCUCCAUACAUGCCUUAAAUCCGUCUGUGUGUGCGCGCAGGUUCGUCUGCUUCCUGCUGCAGUUCUGCGUUUCCUCCCGUUUGACCCGGACGUCGGACAGCUGCUUUCAUUUGUGUUGUAAAUAAGGACAGUUUGAGUUCGUAUCCUCGCCGCCGCGUCCGUUUGUCAUGCUGACCCAGCGUCAGUCUGCGGGCGGGCCGGCAUGCUGCGAGGAUGGCAGGUUUGUGUCUGUACAUGUGUGUAAAUAAACCCUCAGCUGAGCGUCUGCUGUCACUUUUUACUUGAAUAAUAAACUGAGUUUGUUCACAUGC